AUGAACGGAGGUGUAACUGCGGGCACCAGUCAAGACGUUGAUAUAUCAUUGACCGAUGAAGAGAAUCAAAUACCUGUUUGUGAUGAUAAAGAAUUAAUGGCUAAAUUACGAAAGAAAUUACUACUUCAACAAAUCAACACUGCCGCAGCUCAAGAAAAAGCUGCUAUAGCUCAAGAAAAGGCCGCUCUAGCUGUCGAAAGGGCCGCAGGAGCUGUAGAGCAAUUCGUAGAAGAUUACUUUGCACGACAACAGGCGAGCUUUUGAAUUCAUUUGGAUUCAAAAAUACCUACUGAUUAAUAUGUUUUUUUUGUUAAAAG